AUGCCAAACAAAGAAGAGGACAGCAUAUUCAACCAAGAACUCCACCUCUACGUAGUAGAGACCCACGCGCCAUACACCUCCUGGUCCGGCUGCAUCUCUCCCUAUGCACAGCUCAAACACAUCCUCCAGGUCUGGUUCGAAGACUCCCAUGAGGAAGAGUACUUGGCCACUGGUUCCGCCGACGAGCUCGACCUAGAGGGGUGGCGCUUUGAGGUCUAUCAGGAGGGGAGACAGAAGGAAGAUGGCGAAGAUGCCAAGGGCGUUGUCAUCAAUGGGGACGAGUCUCCAAUCGCACUCGGUAUCCUCAAUGCCGGCAUCAUCUACGCCACCCGUAUCAACCCCGUCGUCUCUCCCAUUACCACCACCCCUUCGUAUGCAGCAUGCACACGCCCGAGCACGACGAGGUCGAGCUCGUAUGCGUCGUAUGGGGGUGGGGGCUAUCAAGCAGCGACGGAAAGGGCUAGUGCGAUGGUCGAGAGGGCCGACGGAUGUGCUUCUGGCACGAGCAUGUAUCCGAGCUCGCUGCCUAUGCGCUCUUAG